GCAGCCAUUAUUGUCCCAUCGGUUGUGGGUGGUCUUAUCUUAAUCGGAAUUCUCAUCUUCAUCCUCUUGAAAGUAAAGGAGAAACGGCAGACAGAGGGGACGUACAGGCCAAGCAAUGAAGAGCAGACCGGGUCCAGGAUACCACCCAACAGUGCCUUGAAACUUCCUCCUGAGGAACGGCUAAUAUGA